GCGGACGCAAGCAUAACUAGCUGAGGAACAGGCCCAGAUGCCGCAAGGACUCCCCACACUGUCGAGAGGAACUGAGGCCGCGGACGCUGAGCUGGCUGCUGGGUGGAGCUCCCCCUCCCUUGGGGUCCCCACAGGGUCCCCCGCUGGGCCCAGUGAGCACCGGGACGGGAACCGUGCAGCCUCCUGAAGCACCGGCUAAUUGGGGACAGAAAGAGCCGAUUGUGCCGGGCGGCACUGGGGAGCCGGGCAGCUGCCACGGCCGGGGGCGGCGGUGACGUCAGUGCCGGCAAGCUGGGCUCCCCAAGGCCCCCACCCCCCCGGGCCCCUGCACAAAGCUGGCAUUGUGGUCAGUCCAGAGCGCGCCCAGCUCUGGGUGAGCGGCUCCCUGGGCCUCCAGCUGGGGAGGCUGGGACGCAGAGGCCGGGGCCUUCUGGGCACAUCUGCUGGGGCGGGGGCAUGGCCGCGUGGCUGGGGGGCAGCUCAGGCCCCGACCCCCUCAUGGUGCUGCUGGUAGUCAUCCUGCUGGUGCGCUUCCUGCUGUGGUCCUGCCUGGGCACCCUCAUCGACCGAAGGCUGGCGCGGCCACAGCCUCGCCCGCACAAGGAGGAGAAGGAGGACUAGGAGGACCGGGCCUCCCGGAGGCCUUGGUGCCCGGCGCGGCCUCUUGGGUGGCAGGAGACUGCUGCUGUCCUGUGGUGGGUGUCACAAUGAGCACCCUGGCCGCACCUGGACCCCGAGGGCCCAGCCGGGGUGUCCUCUGCACCCCCAGCAUCCUUGUGCUGGCUCCACUGGCCCCCUGAACUGU